AAGAGCACUGGCCAGGAAAUUGUGCCUAUGAUAAAGGGGGCUUUCCUCAUCCUGGACGCUGGGAUCGCGUUAAAUGGCUGAUGGAGUGAGAGGGGAGGGAUAACGGCGCCGUGUAGGACUCCGCGCGCGCGCCUCAUCAACAUCAUCAUCCUCAUCAGCCUUAUCAUCAUCCUCAUUAUCCUCCUCAACAUCAACAUCAUCAUCAUCAUCAUCACCAGCCUCCGCUCAGUGGACAUCACAGCCAGCAGCUCGGCUCCUCUCUGAGCUUCAGCGCGCAAAACACUUCGUCAUUUCUCCUCGAAGCAGCCUCGAUCACAGCACACGACUACACCAUGUGGAUUUAUAAACUCCUGCUUUGCCUUUCUGUCCUGCUCUAUUCGGAGAGCAAGAGGCAUGCGCUUCAGGACUACCAGAAGACUGACGGGGUCCGUCUGGUCGCUCCGCCUGACUCCUCCUACAUGAUGAAAAGCAAGAAGAUGAGCUUGGGGAAGUGUGUGCGCCGCUGCAGCCGCAACAGAAAACUCCCCUUCACCUGCAGAGCUUUCAUCUUUGAUCAAAAUGGCACAAAGUGUCAUUUACUCUCCUUUGACAGCCUCACAGUGGGCGUCCUUGCCGAGACUGACUUCAGCUUUGACCUUUACGAAAAAAAAGACUUUGUAAGAGAGUGCAUCAUUGGCACAGGCCUGAAUUACAAAGGGAGGAGAUCAGUGACCGAGAGUGGUGUUGAGUGCCAGAACUGGGAUCUGAACACGCCACAUGAACAUCACUUCCUACCCCGGCGGCAUAAGAAGAAGGACCUUCGGGGGAACUUGUGCCGGAACCCAGACAAUAGCACUACAGGGCCGUGGUGUUUUACCAAGAAUCCCAGCAUACGUUAUCAAAACUGCAACAUUCCCCAGUGCUCGCAAGUGGAAUGUAUGAUGUGUAAUGGAGAAAGCUACCGCGGGCCCAUGGACCACACGGAGAGUGGCAGAGAGUGCCAGCGCUGGGACUUGGAUGAACCUCACAAACAUCUCUUCCAUCCCAAAAGGUACCCAGAUAAAGGACUUAAGGAUAACUAUUGCAGGAACCCAGAUGGACGCCAGAGACCCUGGUGCUUUACCACUGAUCCUGACACUCCGUGGGAGUACUGCGAUGUCAAACAAUGUGAAUCUGACAGCCACAGUGAUGUUGAAACGACUACGACGUGUUUCCGGGGGAAUGGGGAAGGAUAUCGUGGGACGGUCGCAGUCCCCAAGGAUGGUUUAAUUUGUCAAAGAUGGGAUGCCCAGUUUCCUCAUUCACACUCAUUCACACCACAGAAGUACCGCUGCAAGGACCUGAGGGAAAACUACUGCAGAAAUCCUGAUGGCCGUGAUGUCCCGUGGUGCCUCACUACUGACCCUAAUGUGCCUUGGGUAUUCUGCACGAGCAUCCCAGGCUGUGAAGCAAUAUUAGCUGAACCUGAUGAGUGUUAUACAGGAAGUGGCGAGAUGUACAGAGGGAGGCAGAUGAAGACUCGUUCAGGCAUCCCCUGUGCACCAUGGAGCGACCAUACUGAGAGGAAAGCGCGAGACAUGGUGACCCAGAAUGAUGAACUGGAAGGCAAUUUCUGCAGGAAUCCAGACAAGGACAAGCACGGGCCAUGGUGCUACACCAACAGUUCCCUCGUCCCCUGGGAUUACUGCACAGUUAAGCGCUGUGAGCAAUUACAGAACAGUCUACCAAGAAAAGCUGAACCCUUGGGCGUCUCCUGUUUUGUCCAUAAGCAAGUGAGGAUAGUGGGCGGUGGCCCGGUUCCGAUUAAAGAGGGUAGUUGGAUGGUCAGCAUUCAGAAAGGAGCUGCUCACUCAUGCGGAGGCUCGCUGGUCCGUGAGGAGUGGGUGCUGACGGACAGAGAGUGCUUCUCCUCGUGUGUUCCUGAUCUGUCUGAGUACAGAGUGUGGCUUGGAUCUGCGCAUCUGAAUGAGUCUGGAGAGAACACUUGGAUCAGGCAGGAAAGGAGGAUUGCUCACGUUGUCUGUGGCCCAGAAGGCUCAGGACUUGCCCUGCUACAACUGGCACAGCCUGCUCUCAUCACUGAGCAUGUGAGGUUCAUUCAGCUUCCUGUAGCUGGCUGUAGCAUUGCAGAGGGCACCGUGUGUUCAACAUAUGGCUGGGGGGAAACUAAAGGCACAGGACAUGAAGGCACACUAAAGAGUGUUCAGCUGCCCAUUGUUAGCAAUGAACGCUGCCAGCAGUUACACAGAGGAACGCUACAGAUCACUGACGCUAAAGUGUGCGCUGGCGGUAAGAGAGAUGAAGGAGUGUGUGAGAAAGACUAUGGUGGUCCACUGGUGUGUCAGGAAAAGGACAGUAAGGUCAUAGUGGGAGUGAGUAUCCAUGGCAGAGGAUGCGCCCGACACAACCGGCCAGGUAUCUUCGUCAGCGUGGCCCAGUAUACAGGAUGGAUACACAAGGUGUUCAAAACAUACCCAUAUUCAGACUAUAAUUAUUAAAGCUGAGCUUCAAUAAGAGAGAACCUGGAAGUGAGCAGUCCUGAGGAUCCAAAACAUUAGAGACAAAAUCAAGGUGCCCCACAUUAGUGACUUACAUACAUUCAAAGUUUAUGAAAACUACGUAGAAUGUUCUGAUUUCAUGAAAAAGUGAAGGUGAUAUGGCUGGAUUUCAUUCAAUUCCAUGUGUAUUGUUAGAAAAGUUGAAAGAAAAGGUACGAAGGCCAGCUGCCUAAACCCUGAUCAAGGACAAGCUUUGUAACUCUUUAUAUAGAUUGUGGAAAUUGUUAUAAAUUUGAAGCACGAGACCUUGUUUUGGGGAAAAAGAAAUCCCAAAAUCUGUGGAUGAUUUGUGAAUGUUGUGUACACUAGAAUUGUAGAAAGAAGAGCAGAGAAACUGUAUCUCUGAGAAUUUAUUUGGAUUAUAAGGAAAGAUAAGGAUCUGCAUCUAGUGAUUGUAGCAAUUGUAGAAACUUUGGCACAAAGUAUCAAGAAAAUAUUCUUUCUUUUUCCUGUCAAACAAAUACAUGGACAAAACAAAGACUUGUCAAUUUACACAUUCAUAUAGUCAUCUUGGCUCCAGACAUACCCUGCAGUAUUAUAUGUUACAGAAAGUUGUGUAUAGUAUAUGUGUAAAAUAUGUGUAUAGUAGUAUUAAUUGAAGGUUUUUUUUUUUUUACUUUUAUGCUCCUGAUAAUACUUGAAUACACACUCAUGCAACAAAACACUGUCUGCUCCAACAGCACUUCCUCAUGUCAUGUAUUGAAGGUUCAGUUUGCUUUAUGCAGGUGUGUAUGUCAUGUUCAGUGAACUCUGUAGAUGUUAUAACAUGUAAAUGUAUCCCCAACAUAUGCUGUGUUUGAAUUAUUAUCAGAAGCCGUAGAAGGGUUAUGCGUUGUAAAUACUGUAGUCAUCACUCCCGAUGCUUGGGUAGGUCUCAUAGACCUUUUAUGGAGGUUGUAAAAUAUUAUGUUUUUUCUUUUUUUUUUUUUUUUGGCAUAAUCUUGAUCACUAGACAUUAUUGCCAAUAAAAAAUGUUGAAAGCAAGCUGGGAUCAAAAAGAGAGUUGAUGCUAAAUUUAGUUCUAUUCUGUCGUUAUUAUCAGUUAACCUUCUCAAGAGUGUAGUGUGCUGGACCAUGUGUGUGUGUGGCAUAAUUCGUUGUUUGUCAGCAAUGCUGUUGGCAGGAUGCAGCUCUGCAGGACAGAGAGUUUUGUGUGUGUGUGUGUGUGUGUGUGUGUGUGUGUGUGUUUAUAUCUUGGUCACAAAUAUAAAAUAUAUAUGACUUUUGACCCUGUGGAAACACUAGGCAGAUCCCCAGAAUGAUAGAAAUAUUUGACAGUUUUGUCAAACUGUUUUAUUUUUUAAAAACCACAGCUUCAACAGUCAAAAUGUUUUAUUUUGGUUACUGAAUUUAAGGUUAGGGUAAGAUUUAAGUGUAGGAAUAGCAUUAACUAGCUGCAUUAAUAACUAUGUCUGUGGAAGGUCCUGACUGUCUGUGGAAGGUCAUAAGGAUAAUAUGACUAAUGUUUGUGUGUGUGGGGGGGGUCCAUGAACAAAGAAGCCAACAUAAAUCUUCUUUGAUCUAGUGGAGAAACAUACCUAGUUGGGCAAAAAUAUGAAACCCGUCCAUCAGAGUCUGUUGUUGUGUGUGGCCAUGGUUUGCUCUGAAUGCAAGUUUUUCGUUCCUGACCUCUCACUCUGGACUGCAUCCAACAACAAUCAGCUUGGAAUAUUACCCCCCUAACCAUGUCAGCUUAAGCAAAUACCAUGCUGAAAGAUGGCUCCUAAGUGCUUGCUUUCCGAGCACUCCUGAUACUCAUUAAUGUUGGUUUAUAUGAAGGAUGAUUUUAAUUUGUAUGAGUCCAAAGGCAGAGAUCUUUAUAUUAGGCAAUACCAGGAAUGUUCAGCAUGAGCUGAAAAACAGUCAAGACAAACCAUGUAAACAUCUUACUCUGUGAUAACUUUAUGAUUAUAAGAUUUAUCUCUUUCCAUAUUUAGACCAUAAGACUUGCUGAUUGAUUCCAUACCAAACUAUUGAGUUUCUCUGUGCAAACUUGGUAUGUAAUGUAGAAUUAUUUACACUGAGGUGACCUAUAUAAGUCAACCAGCUCUGCAGUUUUCAUUAGGAAUUUAAUGUUGUUUAUUUUAUUAUUUUAUUUUUUGAUGUAAAUGUGUCACCUUUAUGAAUGUACAGUGCUGCUAUUUACAAUAGAAGGUUGUAAAUGUCAUCUGUGUACAGCAUACAUACACUCCUAGAAUGGAGAUAUUCAUAUUCAAUUUAUUAUUCCCCUGUAUUGUAUGGUUCAUGCUGAAUUAGCUUGACAGCUGUAUUUAUCCGCUUACAUUGUGUGUUCAUUAGGACUCCUUUAUGUGCCUUUACCAUGUUUACCAUGUCUGAAAUUAAAAAUAAAAUGUUAUUAAACAAAAUGAG